UCGAGCUGGAAUGGGGAUGGGGCCAUGCAGAGGACAGGGACUCUGUGGUGACACAUGGGAAUACCAGCCCAACUGCAGCUAAUAAGCAGGCUGGCCCUUCUGGCGGCUAGAGAUCCGAAGGGGCAGCACGCGCCCCCGGGAGAGCCCCCGCCUCCUGCCCGGGGCCGCCGCGGGCUCGCUGAGCUGUCUUCUCCCUCCGGCCGGCAGGCUGGGCGCGCAGGGGCGCGGGCCCCCGCCCGGCGCGCAGUGGCACCAUGGGCACGGUGCUGUCCCUGUCCCCCAGCUACCGGAAGGCCACGCUGUUUGAGGAUGGCGCGGCCACGGUGGGCCACUACACGGCCGUGCAGAACAGCAAGAACGCCAAGGACAAGAACCUGAAGCGGCACUCCAUCAUCUCCGUGCUGCCGUGGAAGAGGAUCGUGGCCGUGUCGGCCAAGAAGAAGAACUCCAAGAAGGUGCAGCCGAACAGCAGCUACCAGAACAACAUCACGCACCUCAACAAUGAGAACCUGAAGAAGUCGCUGUCGUGCGCCAACCUGUCCACGUUCGCCCAGCCCCCACCGGCCCAGCCGCCCGCACCCCCUACCAGCCAGCUGUCGGGCUCCCAGACCGGGGUCUCCUCCUCCGUCAAGAAGGCCCCGCACCCUGCCCUCACCUCCGCAGGGACGCCCAAACGUGUCAUCGUCCAGGCGUCCACGAGCGAGCUGCUGCGCUGCCUGGGCGAGUUUCUGUGCCGCCGGUGCUACCGCCUGAAGCACCUGUCCCCCACGGACCCUGUACUCUGGCUGCGCAGCGUGGACCGCUCGCUGCUUCUGCAGGGCUGGCAGGACCAGGGCUUCAUCACGCCGGCCAACGUGGUCUUCCUGUACAUGCUGUGCAGGGAUGUCAUCUCCUCCGAGGUGGGCUCGGACCACGAGCUCCAGGCCAUCCUGCUGACCUGCCUGUACCUCUCCUACUCCUACAUGGGCAACGAGAUCUCCUACCCGCUGAAGCCCUUCCUGGUGGAGAGCUGCAAGGAGGCCUUUUGGGACCGCUGCCUCUCGGUCAUCAACCUCAUGAGCUCCAAGAUGCUGCAGAUCAACGCCGACCCGCAUUACUUCACGCAGGUGUUCUCCGACCUGAAGAACGAGAGCGGCCAGGAGGACAAGAAACGGCUCCUCCUCGGCCUGGACCGGUGAGCCCUGGAGCCCGCAUCAUGGCUCAAGGAUUCCAUUCAUUUUUAAAAAUUUAUUAUUAGGCAAAUCAGAUUUUGUGUACAGUAUGUGUCUAGCAAAGCCACCGAAGGCCUCUCCCCUCCCACCUUCUCUCCUUGGGGUUUUCUUCAGCCCUGCCAAGAACUCUGGGCGCUUUUGAACUCCCGAACCUUGUGCAAAACCCAGAAGAUGUAUUCAGAGCCACCCAGGCCGCUGACCUCUCAACUUCGGGGAAUUCAAAGGACUGAGCUGCCUGUGCCACCUGUGCCCUUGCUGGACCAGGGCAGGUGAGGCUGACCGCCACUCCUGGCCCGGGAGCCGGAGAGGGGCCGCUGGCCAGUUGGCCCAGGGAGCGAUUGGCGUUCCCGUUCUGAGGUCCUUUCCUGGCUCUUGUCCUGGGUCAUCCGUCCCCCCAGAGGCCUGUGGAGCUGGUCACCCCGACCGAGCCACGAGUAGGGCUGUGAGGCAAGGUGCCCGCCACCCUGGGACCCCUCUUCAGUCGAGGAGAAGCUGGCCUGGUACAAAGAUUGGGGCCUGUCGUUUGACCAUGCAACACCCUGGUUUGCUCUUUUUUCUUUUUUAGGGAGAAGGGCUUUCCUUUAGUGAAGACGUGGACCUUGCCCUCCAGCCCCCUGAUCCCUUGCUCCCAGCCGUGUUGGCAGUGUUGGGUUAAGGAGCUGGUUUGACUCAUUAAGUUCUUUGAUUUUGGGUCCCAGCUAAAGGGGUGGGGUGCAGCUGGGGACAACUCUUUUCCUGGGGGAAUCUUUCAUUUGACUAAUGCAGCUUACUCACCCCGUGGCAAAGGCUGGGGCAGCUGCAGGUGCCCAUUACCAACAGCCUGCUUUCUGGGUGGGUGGGGUGGUCGUGCGUGAGACCAGCCAGUGCCCGCCUAAGGGCUAAGGCCUCUUGCUGGUGCAUGACAUGUGUUCCCGCAGAGCCAGGGUGGGGGGGCAAUGUCAGGGAUCAGGGCGAUGUAAUGAUGUACCCCCUGCCCCCACCCCUGUUCCUUUAAAGCUGUUUCCAAACAGUUCAGUUUUUUUCUGAAGACGAAGCCUUGCCCCGCAAGGCCCAGUGAGACCACUGGAUCUUGGAGACGAUUCCAAGACGGGAGUAGCGCUCCUGAUUGCUUCGUCCUGCUGAUCUGCACCUGAUCGUUUGCAGCUGCUGGUGGGGGUUUCAACCUUACUCCAGUGGCUGUGGAAACACACGAUGUGUACUUAAUCAGUUUCCUUUCUAAUUCUCCCAGAUUGGUGGCUUGGGACUUGGGAGAGGACCGGGAGAAGGGAGUGAGCCUUCCUCCGUGGCCAGUCACUCCAGCUUUGGGGAACAAAGACCAGUGUGAAGACGCUCUGGGGCAUUUUCUCUUCCAGUCCCCAUGCACCCCCUCCCCCUCCUGGGGAGUGCUGGAACCGGGGGCUGGGGGAAGGCAGAGGGUCCUUUGACAUAGGAUUAGGUUCCAGGUGGCUGCUGGUUUCAGCACGAGCACUACUGAAAUUCACAGGAACAAGAGAAAGCUGUGAAACCGAGGGCCCAGGUGAAGGGGCCUAGAGCCGAGCCCGGGCCUGCGUGUGCCGGGAUACGAGGGGGAGGGCCUGUCCGGGCAGGGAUCGCCUUUGCCCCAGCUGCGCCUCGGCCCGUUCCGGGACUGCCAGAUAAUCUCCUGUGGAGCUGGAAGGAACCCGCUGGCACAGACUUGGCCGCCGCCGCGCCUCUUCUUGGUCGCAGCUGUCACACGGCCCGUCUGUUCAGAUCCUGCCGCCGCGUGUGACCUGAGGUAGGAGGCCCGCGGGGGCAGCAGGCCCUGGCGGCCCGGAAGAGGGAGGUUCGGGUACGGAGGCUUCAGAGGAGGGGCGCGCGUCUGUAGUCACUCUGGCGGCGGCGGCCCACCUUGGCCUGAGACUGUGAGCUUCAGUUGCGUGCCCAGGAUUCCGGUUUUGUGUGUUUCCUUCUCUUUCUCCGUAUUUAUUUUUUUAUUUCUCGGAGGAGGUGCAAAUUUCAGGAGUGGUGGGGGACGAAGGAAAGCCAGUCUGUGGCUCCCCCCCCCCCCCCCAGUGUGAAGCCUGCCCCAUCCUCCUCCCCGCCCUUGUGCUGGUCAGUCCUGGGUGCAGGAGCCGAUGGACUCGAGCGUGCAGGCAGUGAACCCAUUUGACAUGCUGCUAUGAAGACUACGGGGGAAAAAAAACAAACCCUUUAUUCUUUCAUUGUUGCUUUGACAGUGAUCUUGUGCAUGCGAACCAGGAGCAUUUUGUGUCUUAAGAAAAAUAAUCUUAGAACAGAUGGCCGUGAACAUUACACCCGGGCACAGAACCAGUCACAGGAAUAAUAGUUCAGUAUUGGGUUUUUCUCUUUUUCUUGUAAACCUGAAGGGUUGAUAUAUUCUUUCCAUGCAGUUAUUAGAAUUUAGUUUUGUUCCAGCAGUUGUUAAACUUGCAAUGAGAAGAAAACGUGCCAUUUUUUCCACUCGGAAUUAUUCAUCGCUGUAUAUUUGAAACUGCUAAUUACACGUGCGGUGUAUGUUGGUUCUUAGUGCAAUUCGUUCUGUAGUUAUUCUUUGACCAAACCGUGGGUGUUGUUAAUAUUAAUUUAUAUUUGUCUCAUUUUGUAUGUAUGUGUGGUGUGUUUGUAAGUAUGUGUGGUUUAUAAUCUGACAAGGUCAUGAAGCUCAGUUUGGCUGUAAUUUAAUUCCCUUUCCCUUAUUUUUAUUUAUUUUUGUACUGUGCUGAUUAAAUAAAAUGCACUGACCAUCCAUUC